GUUUCUUUUCAAAAUAACACGCACUCACUCUCAAGUUAACCAUAACCGUAACGUAAAAGUGACAAUACAGAACAAGAAAAUCAUCUGCCAAAUAAUGAUUGAUAUGAUCACUAGCAAAUCAGAUUACGAUGUUAAAAAGUGUCACCCAUUAAAAUACAACAUAUGCGUAAAGGAGGGCGGAACUUCCUGUGUAUGACGCCAACGCUCCAGUCAACAGUGCAGGCCCCACCCUUUGUGUUGCUCACAGCCAGUCAAUCAAAAUAGAACCAAAUCUUGACAGUUAUCACCUGUUUCUACGCGGCUGCCGUCAAUACCAACUGCCGGCCAUGUCGGCUUGGUUGUAACUGUCAAGAUUUUCCGUUUAACGGCAAGUCACGCCAUGACUGCGCCAGAACAGCCGCUAAAAGCAGAUGAAAUGGCCGCUUCUUUGGACGUGAACAGCAGCCAGAGCAACUUUUUGCAACACGAAGACGGCACGGGCAAUCGGGAUAUUGAGUCGUCGUCCCUUGACCUGCUUGCAACCACCUGCACUAAGGUUGGCUCACCGGCAUCAGAGGUGGACAGAGGUGAUGCCGCCGGUGUGACUACAGAUGAGACAUCUGCUCAUCUUACUGUGUCUGAUAAAUGGGAGCUAUUGGCCCCCACCACAGCUGCAAAGGAUGACCCCGGGAUGAUACAGAUCCAAGGCCAAGGAAUAUUAACACCAAAUGGACAGUACGUACUUCCUCUCCAGAGUUUGCAGAGUCAGCCGAUUUUUGUGUCAUCAGGAAGCGACACUGCCUCUGUCAAUUCAGUGCCUAACAUUCAGUACCAAGUAAUUCCUCAGAUUCAGACUGCAGAUGGACAGCUGAGCUUCACCACCACUGGCAUGGAAGGAGCAACUCUGAGUCAGGAUGCGGCGGGACAGAUUCAGAUCUUGCCUGAUGGUAGCCAGGGUCUCUGUGUGACAUCCACUGCAAACAUCCUUACAAACAACCAGAGCCUCAUAUCACAGACUGGGAAUAUCCAGCAGAUCCAGGGGAUUUCUAUUGGCAGCUCCGCAUUCAACAACCAGGGUCAGGUUGUUACAAAUGUGCCUGUGGGUUUGCCAGGGAACAUUACUUUUGUUCCUAUUAACAGCAUAGACCUGGACGCACUAGGCCUAUCUGGAGCCCAGACUAUAGCGACAGGCGUCACCGCUGAUGGCCAGCUAAUCAUGGCGAACCAACCGGGGAGUGGCUCCGGACGUCAAGAGAAGACCGAUGAUCCCCUCUCACAAACACUACCAGUAAAUGAUGCCAACGCUGAGCUUUUUGUGCCAACGUCUUCCUCCCAGCUACACAACCCGACCAGUGAAGCGAGUCUCCUGACCCACGCCGCCUCGUUAUCAAGCGUGGCUACACAACAGUCUGACUCGACCACUGCCCUCCAGCAGGGCUUCAUCCAACAGACUCAAGAGCAGAACAUCCAGACGACAUCUGCUCAGCCCAUCGUCCAGCUGCAGCAGGUGCCGCUGCAGACCACCAACGGGCAGGUGGUCCAGUCAGUAGCUACAGGCAGCCAGGGUGUGCAAAACCUGCAGCUGAUCAACCCUGGGACCUUCAUCAUCCAAGCCCAGACGGUGACCCCGUCAGGCCAGAUACAGUGGCAGACCUUCCAGGUGCAAGGUGUGCAGAACCUGCAAAACCUUCAGCUUCCCACCACUGUCCCUCAGCAGAUUACCCUGGCUCCAGUCCAGACACUCUCACUGGGUUCCAGUCCAGUCAGUGUCAACUCUGGGCAGAUCCCCAACCUGCAAACAGUGACAGUCAACUCAGUGGCACAACAGGAAGGAAAUGCCGACCUGCCUGGAGAAAUCCGGAUAAAGCAGGAGCCGGACUCUGGAGACUGGCAGCUAAGCUCUGAUUCUACCCUAAACACCAGCGAUCUGUCCCACCUUCAGGUCAGGCUGGUGGAGGACGACGAGUAUAUAGGCCUGGGAGGCAAGAGGCUGCGUAGGGUGGCGUGCACUUGCCCCAACUGUAAAGAGUCUGGUGGGAGGGGCGCUGGCGUGGGGAAGAAAAAGCAACACAUCUGCCACAUCACAGGUUGUGGAAAAGUGUACGGAAAGACGUCACACCUGCGAGCACACCUGAGGUGGCAUUCCGGGGAGCGACCUUUUGUCUGCACCUGGAUGUACUGCGGGAAGAGGUUCACGCGCAGUGAUGAACUGCAGAGACAUAGGAGAACACACACAGGCGAGAAGAAGUUUGUGUGCCCUGAAUGUUCCAAGCGCUUCAUGAGGAGUGACCACCUGGCCAAGCACAUCAAAACUCACCAGAACAAAAAAGGUGUGAAUUCUGGCAGCGCCAUGGUGACGUCCGUGGAGUCUGCAGGGUCCUCGGACAGCCUCAUCACCACGCCAGGCGGGACCACCCUCAUCCUCACCAACAUCCAGCAGGGCUCCAACAAUGCCCAGGACAUCCUGGCCAAUGCAGAGAUCCCCCUGCAGCUCGUCACCACCUUAGCAGCCAGCGAAAUCAUUGAGUGAUUGACGUGCCCCCCACAAACUCACGUGAUACGGUUCUCGUAUACUCCUAUCUGCGUUUUUAUUCCAUUUUUGAAGAAGAAAAAAAUUAUUAUAUAUAUUUUACCAUUGAAAGAGAAAGUCUUGUCCACUCUGCUAUGAAGUGGAGGUAAGGAUAGAAAAAGACAUUGCAGUAAUUACACAAGGAAAUGCCUUAUUUUGUACAAUAUAGUGUAGUUGUAGGUAUAGGGUGUCCUCAAUCAAUUUUGUUAAUGUUUUUCAGCCUUUUCUUACCUUAACCUUAUGCCCUUGUUACCCUUUCUCUUUGAUCCAAGACAAAGUUUCGCCUCCAAGUAAAUUCUAUCCUGUUUAAUUACUGUCUUUGAUGCAAAUGUAUUUAUGUUUUUAUUUUUUUAUUUUUUUUUUCUCAUUUUCUUUGUGGUGCAUUUUGCCACAGUCAGCGUGCUUCCAAUUUAGCAAAUCUCGCACUGCAAUUUUUGGGUGGAAACAAUCAAUUUUUUUCCAAUUUCACUUCAACAGGACCAACACGUCAAUAGAUCAUUUGGUAUUUUUCACUAAACAUAUUUAUGUUGGAAACAUAAUAUUGUGUUUACAACUAAAGGCAACUCUUUUAAAUGGGUAAUUGUGAGAAAUUGCAUUUUUGUAAAGACUUGGUUGAGGCCCUUUUUUUUUUUUUUUUUUUUUUUUUUUUCCCCCCCCCCCCCUCAAAGCUGUUUUUGGUGAUAGUUGCCAAAUUUGCCUAAAAACUCAGGGUGAGUUGUGACUGCAUGACAAGUUGAGAAAAUAUCCCCUGUAUUGUCUCAUUUUUUGGGACGAUUUUUUUCAGAUGGACCAAAAGCUCAGAAGAAUGUUGGCACUGCUAUUAUACCUGCUCUCAUUAAGUUAUUAGCCAUGACAUUUUUUUUCCCAUUUGGCAACGACCCUUGUUUCUUUUACCCAAUCAUCUCAGCUGUGCAAUUCACAAUCAGUCCAAUUUAAGUGUUAAUGUCAUUUUAAAGGUGGUACUUUGAAUUUUGAACUGCACUGUCCUCUUGUAAUGAAUCGUCUGCAUCCAUGUCAGCAAAUCUGUAUUUGUAUAGAUUUUUAUAUAAAGUGUGUUGCAUUACCAUUUUAAAUGUUCUUAUUUCUGCCCCCAACAUCUAAAGGAAUACAUGAAAUGUUGAGUUAUUACUUUUAUAUAUAUAUAUAUAUAUACACAUUGUCCUCUUCAACUGACACAAACGGUUCCUUGUGUACUAAGAAUUGCAGUUUUUACUUGUUUAGAACUGUACCAAAAAAAAAACUGUAUAAUGUCAUUAUAAACAUUUCUGUUACACUCUUGAA